CAAGCAAUUAAAGCUGGGGUCUUGGUCAAAAAAGAGCAAAGUCAAGUUGAGUGAUUCUUUGAUGCCAACUGGUGUGUGGAUCUUUACUCUGCUUUUGAUUCCAGAGCAAAAACCACCCAUCUUGAGUAUCAGCUGAUUUUGUUCAUGAGACUCUUGGGUCUUGCAGUGUUAGGAUUUCUGCAGUGUGUUGUUUAACUAGCCUACUUGGGUCCUCACUGUUAAAUAAAACCUUCUAGGCAUACAUGUAAAUGCAUUUCCUAACAGGGGAUGAUUUCUUCUCAUGCAAGCUGCUCACCCAGCUGUGGAGCUGCUGUCAAAAAGUGUUUGGGCUCAAACACUGACCCAGGUUAGAAUGGAUAGUAAUGAUGGUAGUAAUUGAUGGUAUCAUAGCUCAUACUCUUACAUGGAUGUAUACACAACCUGGUGCCUCUUAAAAGUUACUUAAUUUCCACUGCUGUAAGAAAAGGCUAUAGAAUUUAGAAAAAAUCUCCAGCUAAAUACCUUGUUAAUACAUUGGUAAGUAUCAAAUAUAACUUUAACAUGGAAGUUUGUGAUUUAUACCCUCCGAUUUGCAGGUGGGACAGGUAUGGUGCCACAUAAAUUUGAUUAUUUUGUCUGUACUGUAAUAAAGCAAGGCUGGCGUUUGACUUGGACAACUCAUCUACAACAAAAUGUUUCACUGUUUUUUGGUAAAAAAAACUAAAAAGGGGAGAGAAAGUUCAAGCAUGGACUGAUAAUUGAAAUAAUGUAAUUAAUUUUUAGUUCUGAUUGGGUAAGUGGCGACAGUUUCCACUACAGUACCACAAAACUACAGACAGGUUCUUGGGACAGUACCUAAUUGGUGGGAAAAAUGUGUGUCUUGGAGAACUAAUGUUAUAACCAUUUAUAUCAGUAAUUCUUUGGGGUGUGUAGAAAAAGCAGAGUAAGAGGGGAGGCAGGCACACACAUAGUGUGUAAUUACCCAUAGACAGCUGUAGAGUUUGCUGGAACUGAGUCCUCUAGAGCCCCAGGCUGAUACCUGUUCACCACAAAAAUUUUGGUCAGGUGAAGGCUUUCAAGUUACUGAAGCAACGUUCACUUAGCUGUUAAUUACAGCUCAUUAGUGGAUUAUCCACAGGGUAGCUUAUUCUUUUGUUGCUAUUAGGGCAUAAUUGGGUCUUUCAGAGCACUUGGGGUCAAUAAGAACACAAUAUCCACAUCUGAGUUUGGGAAAACACUUUGGUUCUGUGGCAUUUUGCAUUUUCUGUCCAGAUGGCACUGUGAAAAGGAAUGCUAUUUGCUGUUCCUUUGUUUUUGGAGGAUACAAGAUGGAUUGGGAGUGAGGAACUGAUUCACCUCUGUUGAUGAUAUUUUUUCAUAUUAAAACUUGGAAUAGAAGUAGUUAUGCAUCUCUUAAGAUAGCACCUGUGCUGAAUGUACCAAAUUCUAGUGUCCAGGAAGAACAGUCUUACAUAAGAGGCUGUAACAGAGACACUUAAUACCUUUUUCUAUUUUUACUUUUGAAAUUUUGCACAGCUCCCACUAAUCUGAACAACUCUAUUUGCCUUAUAGUGCUUCAUAGUGAGCUUCACAAAUUCAGUUGUUUGGGGUUUUGUCUAACCUUUUAUGUCUACUAUAAGCUUGAAAUUACUGUGCUAAGAUUUUCCAAUUCUUUUAUUUGAGAGAAAGGAAACAAUGCUUUUCAGGUGCACCCAGGUUUUAAAAGUACUUGAGCAAUUCUUUUGCUGCUUUUGUCAUAACCAAAAACCCUCCAGUUACUGAUUGUCCUUGGCAAUUUCAGCUGCUGGCCAUUUUCCUGUAUCUCACCACUAAGCUUAUAUUGGGUGUUUAAAUGCAUUCUGUGACAUGCUCAUAUUGAGGAUCACUCCAUUAACAGUUCAUGUAUGUACCCACAGGGAACAGCACUGUUCUCUCUCACUUGGGGCUUGUACCACGCCAUGAUGCUGUUGCUGGGGGUGAAGAAAAGUCUGUUCUGGUGUUGUGCACACUGGUUAAGAACAUUGCUGCAGAGACCUGUAUGUGAUCGCGUGGUGAGGAAAGAAUUAAACAAAAGCUGACUAGCUGUUCUACCCUCCUAAGUCGGAUUUACAGGAUUUAAGCAGAUCUACUGGAAUUCCUUGAUCUUAUUCCUGUACCUUAUAGCUUGACUAUUAUACUAGCUCUAUGAUUGCUGUUAACUACUCCUUUUAGGCUUUCACUGUGGAGGUAGCAUUAAUAUUUCAGCUGGUCCUGAUGAAUAGUUGUCAUGUCAGUUCAGAAGUAGAUUGAAUUCCAGAGAGCCAGAGACGUUUCAUAAGAUGGCAUUUCUUGAUCAGAAGGAUCAAUACAGAAAAAUCUGGCAAAAUUAAGACAGACUCUAGGGAAUCAUACACUUACUUAAUAGAACUAUGCAUAUAUCAGGGUGAGAAGAUGAGUACUGUUAAAUAGCAGAUUUAGAUACUUACAGCUACUUCAAAUUUGCCCAUACAAGACAGUUCAGGAUGUUUAUCUGUAGAUACAUUAAUGCUGUAGUUAUAUUGGUAUAAAUCCCUUUCAGGACUUCCUCUCCACCUUGGAGAGUAGCCUUGAGAAGCUUUUGAGAAUCUGAGAUCCACUUCUCUCAGAGAACGCCAUUAUAAGUGUGAGAAAAAUGGGAGUCUUGGUAAGACAGAAACAGUUCUAAAACAGGACCUGCCAGAGAGGAGAUAAGUGGAAAAUCCACUGGAAAAUUCCAGUUCAUCAUUCUUCCAGAAAGUGAAUACAGGCUUGGACUUCUAUUCCUUUUGGUGUACUGGUCUGUGUUUCCUUUAAAAUUAUUUUAUCUAUUAAAUCACUUUAUUUAGGAAAACUUUGCCAUGAGCGGGAGGCAACUUAAAAGGUUCCAUGAGAGAAAUCUAUUGCAGGCUUCUGCUAGGGGUGUUCAACUCUGUGCAUGAGAGGCUGAACAGGGAGUGUCUCAUGGGAUGGAGUUUGAAUGAGCAUCAACAAUCUCUAGGAAGGAGCUAGUUUCUCUGAAUGCUAAUAGAAUUUCUGUUCCUAUUUCCAAUAUAUCCUUUCUUGUGUGUUCACUGGAAUAAGUGGUUCCAAAUUCUAACACAGUCCCAUAUUUUUAUUUUGUUCUGCUCCUUUGUACUACUGCUGCCUGAGAGUUACAGUGUGAUGUAGCAUCUGAGCUAUUUCCAUCCCCUGCUCUGAUCAUCUGCCUCCUUGACUGUAAGGAUAUAGGAGAUUUGCUUCUAAUUAACUGAGUGUAAUUCUUGGCCAAAUCCAUUCCAGAAACAACUGCUUUUUACCACUUAGUGACUCCUGUAAAAGAUCCAGCACGUAGGGAAAUUUCCUUGCCUUUGAUGAGCAACUGAAGAUGAGGCAACAUGAAACUGUCAUGUGACGUGAGUAAUGGGCAAAAGUGAAGGAAGUAAAAAAGAGGCUUUUUGUCAAGUCAGUAGAUUUUUAGCAGCCUGUUCCUUGUUUUUAUGCUGAAGGUGUCUUUGGAAGUGCUACUCAGCAGACUUGGCCAGAAGUGAGCUCAUUUCUAAAGGUGACCUUCUUGUUUCAUGCUGUAGAACACCACGAAUUCAUUGCUCCAAAAUCAGAAUAAAUGGAAAAGGCACACCGCUCCCUCCGGCGCGGAGCGGCUAGCGUGGGAAAGCAGACCCUGGCAGCUGAACGACAAUGUGAUGCCUGAAGAACCUUCUGCUCACUUUGUACACAAGGGAUGGAAAUCUCCAAAAUACUCGGGCUCCUGGUAGAGCUCUCAAGUCUGCUAUCCUGUCUCAGAUGUGUGGAGGCUUUCCUGGGAUCCAAGCCCAACCAAAACCAUUUGCAGAGUGCAGCGCCCAGCGUGUGUGCUGUGGGACCCCUCGGCUAUUACAACGGCUCCCUGGCGGUCACCGAGGCUGGGGCAGAGUGCCUCAACUGGGCAGAGUUCCCUGAUUACGUUCAGCAGUACCCAGACCGUGGCCUGGGGGACCACAACUACUGCAGGAACCCAGACGGGGGAGCCACGCCCUGGUGCUUCUACAGGCUCGUGUCAGGGGCCAUCGGCUGGGCCAACUGUGACUGUAACCAAGGUGCUGUGCGGUUGGCUGAAGAUAGUAGUGUGGAGCUGUACUUCAAUGGACUCUGGGGUACCAUCUGUGCUGACCACUGGACUGACUGGGAUGCCAGUGUUGUCUGCAGGCAGCUAGGUCUCAGUGAGAUUGGCACAGCUGGGAAGAAGAGUCAUCCUGGACCAUGGCCUGUUCCCCUGCACCUGCAGUCAGCAAACUGCCAUGGAGAUGAGGAAGCCCUGCUGCAGUGUGCCUAUCAGGAAGCUAUCUCAGGAGCUUGUAACCAGGGGAGUGCCGUGGUAACUUGUGUUGCUCCAGAAGGUGUAGGUGCCCCACUGCGCAUAGUUGGGGGGAAGGAGAGCUUUGAAGGGCGAGUGGAGGUUUACCACGAUGGCAAGUGGGGAACCAUCUGUGAUGACCAGUGGGACGACCGGGAUGCUGAAGUAGUCUGUAGACAGUUGGGACUCAGUGGGACCCCAAAAGCCUUGUCAUGGGCUCACUAUGGACAGGGAUCUGGUCCAAUCCUGCUGGACGAAGUGCAGUGCUCGGGUAAUGAACUCUCCCUUGAUCAGUGCAAGAAGAGUGACUGGGGACAGCAAAACUGUGACCACAUUGAAGACGCUGGGGUGUCCUGUGACCCUUUCACAGAGGGCACUGUCCGGCUGGCUGGCGGCCGCAGCCCCAGCGAAGGCAGGGUGGAAGUUUAUUACAAUGGAGACUGGGGCACAGUGUGUGAUGAUGGCUGGACAGACCUCGGUGCCCAGGUGGUCUGCAGGCAGCUGGGCUUCAGUGGUCCUGCUGCCCUGGCCUCUGAAGGAGACUACGCUGCUGGCCAAGGUUUCAUUUUACUGGAUGAUGUGGCAUGUGUGGGGACAGAGCUGUCUCUCCUGGACUGUCCCCACAGCAACUGGGGGCAGCAUGACUGCUCCCAUGCUGAGGAUCUGGGAGUCCGCUGUUCCCCAGAAAGCAACAUGGUCAUGGAUGGCAGCCUGGGGCCUCCCGUGCGGCUGGUGGAUGGAGAAAGCACCAAGGAGGGCCGGGUUGAGGUCCUGCUGAAUGGGCAGUGGGGCAGUGUCUGUGAUGAUGACUGGACAGACAGAGAUGCCACAGUGGUUUGCAGGCAACUGGGAUUCAGUGGUACAGCAAAAGCCAGGGCAAUGGCUUAUUUUGGUGAAGGCCAUGGGCCCAUCCAUCUGGACAACGUAGAAUGCAGUGGCAUGGAGCACACCUUGGGGCAAUGUGCCAUGCCUGACACCAGGAUUCACAGCUGCUGGCACACUGAGGAUGCUGGGGUGAUCUGUGACUAUGUGGAAGAAAAGGUCCAAGAUAUCAGGAGAACAGGUCCAGAGUCUGGUGUGUGUGGGAUGCGCCUGCUCCACCGUCGCAAGAAAAGGAUCAUAGGGGGAAACAAGUCUCUGAGAGGCAGUUGGCCUUGGCAGGCCUCACUGCGGCUGAAGGGUUUUCGUCGAGAUACUCGUCUGCUGUGCGGAGCAACACUGAUCAGCAGCUGCUGGGUGGUGACUGCAGCCCACUGCUUCAAAAGGUUUGGGGUUGAUGUGCGGCGCUACCUCCUGCGGGUGGGCGAUUACCACACAGGUGUGAAGGAUGAGUUUGAGAGGGAGCUGCCCGUGGAGCGGAUUGUCCUCCACAGGAACUACUGGGCUGGCAGCAAUGAUAAUGACAUAGCCCUGGUCCGGAUGCGGGGCAGAGAAGGGCACUGUCUCUCCUUCAACCACCACGUUCUCCCCAUCUGCCUGCCUGACAGGAGAGAGAGGUUGGACAUCAACAGGCAAGCCUGCAUCAUCUCUGGCUGGGGAGACACAGGAAAGUCCUAUUCCAGAACCCUGCUGCAGGGGGUGGUGCCCCUUCUCCCACGGGAAGACUGCGAGGCCCGUUACGGGCAGAAGUUCACCAACCGCAUGAUUUGUGCUGGGAACCUCUCUGAAGAUAAACGGGUGGACAGCUGUCAGGGUGACAGUGGAGGGCCACUCAUGUGUCAGAGAGCAAAUGGACGCUGGAUCAUUUUGGGCAUCACUUCCUGGGGGUACGGCUGUGGUCGGAAGGAUUCGCCCGGUGUGUACACAAAGGUCAGCAAAUUCGUACCCUGGAUCAAGAAAGUGACCAAGCUAAAAUAAAAAUGACUGAGGUCUAGGAAUUUCAGCAUAUGGUCCUUUUGCCCUGCAGCAGCAGAAGACUGUGGCUUCUGGUUUGUGACUGAUGGAGAAUUUUUUUUUUGUCAUUGGACACUGGAACAAGAUUUUAAUGUAGAAAUGCAAACAGUUAUGACUGAUUCUUUAAAGUCUUUGGUUUCACUUUAGUCUGUAAUCUGUAAGCAGAGAAAGCAGGUGCACAGUGGUAACAAUGAUCAAUAUACGUUGCUCUACAUAUCUGAAUCCUCUAAUGCAAUCACACUUAUUCCUUUGCCCUGGCACACAGAAAUGGUAGAAGUAGAAAGAUACCUACUGCUGAAAAUCUAUUCAUGGUUGUAUGUUUGGACAGUUGAAACGUGCUGCCAAGAGAGGUGAGACGCUUGGAAGAUGGUACCAGGUGCUAGCCUAGUGGAAAUCUCCAGAUAUUUUUUCAUAACAGCUCUCUUCUGUUCCAGAAAUGAGAAGAUUUGACCUGAGCUGAGGAACAGGCCAACAGUUGGGUGUUUUAGCUUCCCUGUUAUGUCUCUAGGGGGAACCUUUUCUCUUCUGAAUAGUAGGUCUGCUCCCAUAGGAUCCGUUUCAAGUGUCUGCCUGGACUAAGAGAUACUUGUCCCUCCUGCUGUAAUCUUCUGCUACACAUUUCCAGCUCCCAGAUGCUAUGGUUUUAUGUCUGCUUUUUUGCUAUAGUAGUUUGUGUGUGUGGUUGGGCUUUUUUUUUGUUUCCUUAAAGUAGCAUCUUCUCGAAUCUGUUGUUGGUGUGAGAGGCAGUAGCUUUCUUGCCCUCAUGAUUGCUAUGAAGAACUCAAAAAUCUGACCUCAAGUGGCUGAAUAGACAUGUUAUCUUUCUUUAAAUGCAAAUGUAAUGUUAAUCCCAAACAUUCAGGUGUUGAAUCAUGAUUUAACAACACUGUGGGGUCCCUUAUUCAUCAUAGUUAUUAGCUGCCCUUUGUUUGUGCUGCUAGUCUUUAAUAUCUCUGUGUUCACAGUUUUCCAUGAAACAUGGAAUUACUCCUGGGGUAUAGAUACAUCUCGAGCAAAUUACUCCUUGUGAAAACAGUAAGUGCGCUGCAAAGCAGCUUCCCGCUUUUGUGAAGUGUGUCCUAUUCUUGAAACCUCUGGGCCAUGCUUCCUUUUUACUCUUCUUUGCACUUUCUCUUUUCAUUCCUCUCAGUGGGAGUAAACUGGCUUAACUUGAGGGUAUGCAAGCACUGUCAUCAAACUGUAGUUCUCAGCCUGAAUAGACAUAAUGCUGAGAAAAAGCAGGGGUCAUUGAAUAUUACAGUUUCUUCCUUCUGUCUCAUCCAAACAAAUGAACAGAGUUCCCUCUUAUGCCUUAAGCACUUUUAAAAGUUAAUAUAUUAUUCUUGAGUAGUAAAAAAAUAUAAGUAGACAGAAGGGCUAAGUGCCUUAAGAGUUGUGCUGUGCAGCAUCUUGUCACUGUGUGCAGAUGAGGCAGAGAGGAGACAGGUCUGCGCAGGAGGAGGAGCAAAAAGCUUUGAUGUAUAACCAAGGGCUCAAAUGUGGAGGAUUAAUACAGGAUGGGACACAUGGAACUUGUGCCAGAUGUGCAGGUUUUGGGUAGGCACUAACUGGGUCAGGCACUCACCUGCUGCCUGGAAGGUUUGCAUUGAGGUGUUUAGUAUCUGGGUGUAACCAAUGCAAGAAAGAAGGCAGAGUACAGUCUGUGGAUUAGCAAUGUCAUAUUACAGGGCAUGUGCUGACAGAAUCCUAGAAAUUGCUUUGGAUUCAAGAAGUAGUGAUUGCCUAAAGUUUUGUCUUCUACAAAUUAGCUUAAUGUAGGGGUGUUGAUCUGACUAGGUGGCUGAUUUUUGUGUGUGAAAGAUAAACUAAACUGUUUCACUUACCCUUUCCAGGUAUUAUAGGAUAGUUGGGCUACCAGUGUUGCAAUGGACUGUUCUAAAAUCCUGCUUGCAAAAUUUAUUUUAAUGAAGAAUCUUUAAAACAUACUAUGUCAGGACCCCUGCAAACUGGCCUUUGAAACAAACCUGAUUCGUUUGUGCUUCUUCUUGAGGUGCUGAAUGUCUUCAGCACAGCUUUGUGCUGAUAACCCUGUUAAAAAUGCCAGACUUGAUCCCUUGGCAGCACUGUGCUUGGCUCCAUGCUGGCCAUGUUGUCCUAUGGCUCCUUGCAGUCUUUAAAAUGCAAGCUGCACAUUGCUCCUUAUCUCCCAGGAAUUAAAUGCCAAUUUCUACACUGGUAGGACCAGUACCAUCUGGGAAACACAGAGGGAUUUGACUUUUAUCUUCAGCCUGCCCUGAGCCAGCGUGCUACAGCAGUUCAAACAGAGUUUCUGUGCCUUGGGUGCUGUAACAUCUCUAGUUUAAUCUGGUUUGAUCUUUCAGUUUAUACCCGUAACCCCAACAGGCAUAGAAACACCCACAGGAUGACACGGUGAGGUUAUUUCCCUAAGCUUAUACUUAGUGAGUGGCCACUCAGGAGUUAGCAUAAAUUACCAUUUAACACAAGUUAGAUGCAGGCCUGGCGUUGUCUUCUGAAAUGCCCAUGUUCUAGUUAAAAAUAUUUCUUUCUCCUAGAUCUUGUCACUAUGAAAGCUGUGAGAGUCCUUGUAAUUCGAGUCCUGCAUGAGCCAGGAGGAGGGAAGGAACUAUCCAAUCUCCUUUGCCUGCUUUUAUACCUUACUGGUGCUGUAGGCAAGCCUGUCAAUACUCUCCUACGUUGAGCUAGCCUGUUUCAGGAUACAGCUGUUGCUCUUCACUGUUUAACCUGGGGCUGUGGCCCAAACCAAACUCGUGCUUUGCCACUGGAACUGGCUGGUUGGAUGAGCAGCACUAAGUCACCCUAGGACUGUAUUCUGUAAUGCUGAACAGCAGUAUAUGUUUCAAAAGAUAGUGUGUGAGAGUUGUGCUGAACAAGUUUUACAACCUUUCCUUUUGGGGAAUUUUGUUCUUGACCCAUUUAAAUUUAUGACUUGCAUUACUAUUAUCAUCAUUAAAAAUGGAAGUAUAAAUACUUGAUCCUCUAGGUGUUGUACAAACACUGUGCAUUAUCCUUUUGUCAUUUUUUUUCCCUAAAGUAUAAUAGUUUAUAUCCCUAACUUAUAAAAACUAUUUAAUGUAACCAGCCUUCAUCUUUCAUACAAAUGUUCAAAUUUUUUAGUUUUAAUCUAACUAAGCUCUCAAUCACAUUACUUUCUGGCAAUGAAAACCAUUAUAAUUUUAUUCUCCAUAGCACAUAAUUUCUUUUUAUGGUUCCUGAAUUAAUUGCCUUUUGUUUUCACUGAGUACCAUCUGUCCUUGUGUUCUCAGCCAUGAGAGGAAAUAAGGGGCCUGGCUUUAUAUUCUCUGUUAUGCAUCAUUCUAGAGAUAGUUCCUUUUCUAAGACUUCUCUGUCUCUCUUCAAUCCAAACUGUCUGGAUUUUUUUGUUUGAUAACAUACUGACUGUUUCUCUGUGUCUUCUCUUUCUGAUGGGUCUUUAAACUUUGGUAAACAACUGGAUACAGUUUGCCAGGGGAGGCUGUAUCCCCUGCUGAUUAUUUGAGUAAAAUUUUCUAUAGCAGGCAAUUCUGUAAGUGAUUUCAGUGCUGUGUCUGUAUGCUGAAGCUAGUUUAAACUUGCUAGUGUGGUCUUGGUGGCAGCAUUGUUACAAGGGGAUGAAAACCCACUGAGGUCAGUUCCCCCUGUGUCUCAGGUAGGUGCAGCAGUCCCACUGAGCUCACAGAAAUUGCUGUGGGUCUGUCUGGGGAGCUCUGGGCAGGGAGCACCUGGAGAGCUCUGUAGACCUCUGCCUGUGUUGACAUACAAGGGGGGCUGAGACAAUCCACCUUCAUAGCAUUAGUCCAUUGGAUAAGGCUAAUGCAUGUGCACUGGUUCCAGGAGCUGAGAGCUCAGUCAGUGCUGCUGAUGGCUGCACUCUGCCAAUGCAUGCUCUGAGAGAACUUUCCACAGCAGAGCGGCAGAUCUUGGUUGUGUGAGAAAGGGAACAUCACUGUGAGUGGCUAGGAGCAUUGGCAGGAGUAGAAACGUGGCUAUGGUAAGGAUCUGAGGAGCAGCUCUUAGUGCUGAUCCUAUUCCUCUUCGAGAGAAUACCUCAGUGCCCCAAAGGCUGCCCCAGUGCUGGGGUCUUCCUGACCUGCAGUGCCUACAGUGGUACUAUCUCAAACCAAUUCACACUUUGGCCAUCUGAAGCUGGAUUAAACAUUUAUCACUUUUUUGUGGCUGAAAACUGUUCUGAUGAUUUCUAUGAAUUAUGUUCUAUGCUAUAAUUAAUCAGGCAGCUGUUUAUUAACUUGGACAGGAUGUCAAUUAUCCUUGUAAUCUUGGUAAACUUGUAGCAGAAAUUAACAGAUCAGUUUCUCAAAUGUAUGAGUGGAGACAUUGGUGAGGAACCAGGAAAGUGGGUAUUUGCCAUCUCAGGGGUAACAGAGGUAGAUCUGCCUUUUGCCUGUCUUCCUUUCUUUCUGAAGCCUGUAUCCUGAAGUUUCUUCACCUCAAAAGAGCUGCAGUGAUUCAUCGACCACUUGAAGACAGAUUUUUAUGUGUAUAUUCAGCAAUCAUAUGAGAACUUUGAAGAGAUGAAACUACACUGUGGUAUUUAACACUAUCUUGAUAUAAUCACUGGGAGUUUCUUGCAGCUAAAGAGAACAGAACCACCUCUGGUGAUAACCAAGUUGGGACUACUCCUUGUAGAACAAGGCACUGUGACCUGGACUAAUGCAUAUCUCCUGGGCUGUGUUUUCACUUGUUUGGAAAAAUACUUAAUUUUCCACAUCAGAAACUUGUUUGUGUAGUAGCCCGCUCAAGUCCUACUAAAAUCCCUUUCUACUAAGGGCUGAAUACCUCUGAAAUCAGUCCAGUGCCAAAGCUGUCAUGUCACCUGGAUCAACACCAAUGGCUCACAAGGUAUGCUAAUAAACAGAUUAUAACGUGA